CCGGCCGCCGUCGCUGUCCAGGGAGGCUGAGGCGAGAGGGAGCUGUCCGGGUGGGGAGCCCGCACUACCUUCUUCCUCUUCCUCCUCCUCCGGGUGAGGGGAGCGAAGGCUGGGGCCCCGACCCCAUGGACCGGGAGGAGGCGGAAGCCGCCGCGAGCCGGGGCCCCGCCGUGUGGCCCUGAGCCCCGUGGUUGAUGCUGUUUGUCUGGAAGGCCAUGGAGAAGAGGCUGGGUGUCAAGCCAAGUGCUGCUUCCUGGAUUUUAUCAGAAUUUUGUUGGCAGACAUCUGUGACGUGGUUGAGAAGCCUGUACCUGCUUUACAUUUGUUUCUGCUUCAGUGUGCUAUGGCUGUCAACAGAUGCCAGUGAGAGCAGGUGCCAGCAGGCAAAGACACAACUUGGAUUUGGCCUGAGAUCUGGAGGAGAAAAUCACCUCCAGCUUCUCGAAGGAACCCCCUCUCUCCAGUCAUGUUGGGCUGUCUGCUGCCAGGACUCUGCCUGCCACGCCUUUUGGUGGUUAGAAGGGAUGUGUAUUCAUGCAGACUGCAGCAUUCCCCAGAGCUGCCGGACUUUUAAGACAGACUCUUCUAAUUCCAUCCUGGUGUUUUUUAAAAAAGUCCAACCUUCAGAUAAUUUGGACAUUCCACCUGAGGAUGAGGUACCACAUAUUCUGGGGCUCGGUUGGACCAGGGCACCAUGGAAGAGGCUGAGUCCGCCCAGAGCUCCACCCAAGCCUGCCAUUCAUUUAGAUAACCAGCAGAACCUAAUCAGGAAGCUUCAGAAGAGAGAGAGUCCAAGUGAAGUAGUGACACCUGUAUUGACACAGCAUUCUGAAAUGAAUGAUUCCAAGGAACUAAGUGAUCGGAAUACCAAUGACUCAGCAGAGGUCCACAAGACAGUUACAGUUUUAAAUCCCUUAAAUACAACCUUGCCUGUGGAGAUUCCUGAUUGGUCAAAGAAUGUGUCGGCCCAACCUGGGACAUCAGAGGAUCCUGGUACUACACCCAGCACUCAGCAAGUAAAAAGCCCAAUUGCUACCUCUCAGCCAGUGGCUCCCUCCUACAGUUUUGCCACCUCCAGCUCCCAGGCCUCUUUCCAGAGCACUUCAGCACCAUCCCCAGUUAUCAAGAAACUAGUGGUAUCUGCUGGAGAGAGUGUUCAGAUCACCCUGCCUCAGAAUGAAGUAAAGUUGAAUGCAUAUGUUCUCCAAGAACCACUUGAAGGAGAAAUCUACACCUACAACUGGCAGCUGAUUACUCAUCCUAAAGACUACAGUGGAGAAAUGGAAGGAAAAUAUUCUCAAACCCUCAAACUGUCCAAGCUCACUCCAGGCCUGUAUGAAUUCAAAGUGAUUGUAGAUGGUCAGAAUAGCCACGGAGAAGGUUAUGUGAAUGUGACAGUAAAACCAGAGCCCCGCAAGAAUCGGCCUCCUGUUGCUAUUGUGUCACCACAAUUCCAGGAAAUUUCUCUGCCAACCACUUCAACAGUCAUUGAUGGCAGCCAAAGCACUGAUGAUGAUAAAAUUGUCCAGUACCAUUGGGAAGAACUUAAGGGGCCUCUGAGAGAAGAGAAGAUUUCUGGAGAUACAGCCAUAUUAAAACUAAGUAAGCUCGUUCCUGGGAACUACACUUUCAGCCUGACUGUAGUAGACUCUGAUGGAGCUACCAACUCUACCACUGCGAACCUGACAGUGAACAAAGCUGUGGAUUAUCCCCCUGUGGCCAAUGCAGGCCCCAACCAAGUGAUCACCCUGCCCCAAAACUCCAUCACCCUCUUUGGGAACCAGAGCACUGAUGAUCAUGGCAUCUACAGCUAUGAGUGGUCACUGAGCCCGAGCAGCAAAGGGAAAGUUGUGGAGAUGCAGGGUGUUAGGACACCAACCCUGCAGCUCUCUGCCAUGCAAGAAGGAGACUACACCUACCAGCUCACAGUGACUGAUACAAUAGGACAGCAGGCCACCGCUCAAGUGACUGUAAUUGUGCAGCCUGAAAACAACAAGCCCCCUGAGGCCGAUGCAGGUCCAGAUAAAGAGCUGACCCUGCCCGUGGAUAGCACCACCCUAGAUGGCAGCAAGAGCUCAGAUGAUCAGAAAAUCAUCUCUUAUCUCUGGGAAAAAACACAGGGACCUGAUGGGGUGCAACUCGAAAAUGCUAACAGCAGUGUCGCCACUGUGACUGGGCUGCAAGUGGGGACCUACGUGUUUACCUUGACUGUCAGAGAUGAGAGGAACCUGCAAAGCCAGAGCUCUGUGAAUGUCAUUGUCAAAGAAGAAAUGAACAAGCCACCUAUAGCCAAGAUAACUGGGAAUGUGGUGAUUACCUUGCCCACGGACACAGCAGAGCUGGACGGCUCCAAGUCUUCUGAUGACAAGGGCAUAGUCAGUUACCUAUGGACUCGAGAUGAGGGGAGCCCAGCAGCAGGGGAGGUGUUAAAUCACACUGACCACCACCCUAUCCUGUUCCUUUCCAACUUGGUCGAGGGAACCUACACAUUUCACCUGAAAGUGACUGAUGCAAAGGGUGAGAGUGACGUAGACCGGACCACUGUGGAGGUGAAGCCUGAUCCCAGGAAAAACAACCUGGUGGAGAUCAUCUUGGAUGUCAACGUCAGUCAGCUAACUGAGAGGCUGAAGGGGAUGUUCAUCCGCCAGAUUGGGGUCCUCCUGGGGGUGCUGGAUUCCGACAUCAUUGUGCAAAAGAUUCAGCCGUACACGGAGCAGAGCACCAAGAUGGUAUUUCUUGUUCAAAAUGAGCCUCCCCACCAGAUCUUCAAAGGUCACGAGGUGGCGGCGAUGCUCAAGAAUGAACUCCGGAAGCAAAAGGCAGACUUUCUGAUAUUCAGAGCCCUGGAAAUCAACACUGUCACAUGUCAGUUGAACUGUUCUGACCAUGGCCACUGUGAUUCAUUCACCAAACGCUGUGUCUGCGAUCCAUUCUGGAUGGAGAAUUUCAUCAAGGUGCAGCUGAGGGAUGGAGACAGCAACUGUGAAUGGAGUGUGUUGUAUGUUAUCAUUGCUUCCUUCGUCAUUGUUGUUGCCUUGGGAAUCCUGUCCUGGACUGCAGUCUGUUGUUGUAAGAGGCAAAAAGGAAAACCCAAGCGGAAAAGCAAGUACAAGAUCCUGGAUGCCACCGAUCAGGAAAGCCUUGAACUGAAGCCAACACUCCGAGCAGGUAUUAAACAGAAAGGCCCAGUGCUGAGCAGCAGUCUAAUGCACUCUGAGUCGGAGCUGGACAGUGAUGAUGCCAUUUUCACAUGGCCAGACCGAGAGAAGGGGAGACUCCUGCACGGUCAAAAUGGCUCCAUGCCCAAUGGGCAGACUCCACUUAAGGCCAGGAGCUCACGCGAAGAGAUCUUGUAGCCCCUGGUCUGUCUCCUCAGGGCAGCGGGUGGCAGUGCUGGAGCCAGGAGCGCACCAAGCUGGUUCAUUUACUCCCAUGGCCACGAGCAGCUGUUCUGCAGCAUCUGCUGGCCACUCCACCCUCACACGCCCAACCAGACCUGCUGGUACUUGAAUCCACAGAUGUUGUCCAGGAACCCCUGAAUGAAGCUGUGAAUGAAGAGGUUUCCUCUGUAAACCGUCCAGUAGGCCUCCCAAACAUCCUCACCUCAGGGCCUUUUUUUUCCUUUUUUGCACUCCUCUGCUGCUCCUAGAGCAGACACACCCAGCUCCUGGCCUACUGCUCAGCUCCUGUUAGCACUGUGCUGCUCCUAGGCGUCUGUGCAGUGAGGCCUGGCACUGUCCCUUGCGCCUAGAUACAGAACCCAGCACCUACAGCCCUGAGCUCCAAGAGUCUGCCUGUGGGCAUGCUUUCUGCCUUCUGGGAUGGAGUGCGCCUUCUCGCUAGUCUGGAGAAUGUGAGGCUGCCCACUGUACCACUGAUGCCAGCUGUAGCACAGCAGAGGAGCUGGCCUAAGGUUAGGGGAGAAACGGCUGCUUCAGAAAUGGAGGGGUGGCCCUCUGGGCUGCAAGGCUGCUGUGUCAGGACAGCCGGGCGGGACAAAGACUGCCCUCGCUCCUGGCCAGCCACAGCUUCAGGGCCCAAGCCUACUCCCUGUGCCCAAGGGAGAUAUCCACAGGUGGACCAGGACAUUGUGGCCGAGAGUACGUGUGUGGCUGCCUACCAGGGCCGCCUCUGUGUGCGUCUGUCCAACUUGUCUUCUCUGUGCCCCUUGCAUGUGUAGAGUGCACGUGCGUGCCUCAGCUCCUCAUAGGGCUCUCAGCUGCUCACAAGGCAUCCUUGACUCAGAAACCAACUCUCAGCUCCUCGGAACAGAGACUUCCUGAAUCCUCCUUCCCUGUCACUGGGUCCUCAGCCAUGGCAUAUGGGUAUUGAGGAAUGGGGGAAGGCGACUUUUUACAAAGAAACUUAAUUUAUACUACUGCACUACUGUCUGUUGUGAGAUGAUUAAACAUGCUAUUUAAUUGUG